AUGGCCACGGAUCCCAAUGGGUUUCUUAUCGACCAAUCUCGCGAGUUCCAGAUCCGAUCUGCUGCAUGUCACCCAACCUCCUCCGUCUACCCCGCGGGCUCUCCCGUCGAGAGCCGACUGACCGGCACGCUGGCCGCCAAACGCACGCAGCAGCGCUUGAGCCUGAUUUCCAGACACCUGGAUCAGCGCCUACCGCUGCCUGAGCUUAACACCCCCUUCUCGACCGAGAGGAACUCGCUGGCUCCCGACGACGUUGAAUAUAAGCCCGUCGACCGCACCUCCACCAACUCUUCUCCCUCUCUCUCUCCCUCUCCCACAUCAUCUGCCACUCCCUCCCCCUCACAGCCCGCAUCACCUACCGCCAACAUGUCCCAGCAAGCCCCUCACCCCACCCUCCUGAUCCCAGGACCCAUUGAGUUCGACGAUGCCGUCCUCCAGUCCAUGUCUCACUAUGCUGAGAGCCACGUCGCCCCCGGCUUCGUCAAGACCUUUGGAGAGACCCUGGCGCUGACCCGCAAGCUCUUCCAAUCCACCAACCCCGCCGCCCAGCCCUUCGUCAUCUCCGGUAGCGGCACCCUGGGCUGGGACGUCGUGGCCUCCAACCUGAUCGAGAAGGGCGAGAACGCCCUGGUCCUGCACACCGGCUACUUCGCCGACUCCUUCGCCAACUGCCUGCAAACCUACGGCGCCCACGCCACCCAGCUCAAGGCCCCCAUCGGCGAGCGCCCCUCCUUCGAGGAGAUCGAACAGGCCCUGAAGGAGAAGCCCUACAAGCUGAUCACCAUCACCCACGUCGACACCUCGACCGGUGUGCUGAGCGACAUCAAGCGUGUGGCCGAGGUUGUCCGCCGCGUCAGCCCGCAAACCCUGGUGGUUGUCGACGGUGUCUGCAGUGUCGGCUGCGAGGAGAUCGCCUUCGACGAAUGGGAUCUCGACGUUGUCCUGACGGCCAGCCAGAAGGCCAUCGGCUGCCCGCCCGGCCUGAGCAUCCUGAUGCUGUCCGGCCGCGCCAUCGACACCUUCAAGACCCGCAAGACGCCCUCGUCCUCCUACUACGCCUCCCUCGGCAACUGGCUCCCCAUCAUGCAGAACUACGAGGCCUUCAAGCCCUCCUACUUCGCUACCCCGCCGACCCAGCUCGUCCACGCCCUGCACACCACCCUCUCUCACAUCACCGCUCGUCCCAUGCACGAGCGUUUCUCCAUCCACGCCCACGUCUCGGAUCUCGUCAAGGCCGCCGUCGCCGACCUCGGCCUGCACCAGGUCGCCGCCAAGCGCGAGAACCAGGCGCACGCCAUGACCGCCAUCUGGCUACCCGAGGGCCUUGCCCCUCCGGACAUCCUCCCGGGCCUCCUGAAGCGCGGCGUGAUCUUUGCAGCCGGUCUGCACAAGGAGGUUGCAACCCGGUACAUUCGUUUCGGUCACAUGGGCGUGAGCGUCACGGACCCGAAACGUACGGACAUCAAGGAUGCCAUUGCCGCCUUGAAAGAGGCCCUGGCGGAGGCCAAGCUGGCCAAGGGAUUGUAAUCAGCAAUAUUAUGACCUAGAUAACCGAAAAGGAAAAAUUUUUUUAAAAAAAAAAAUUACAAAAUAUAAUUACAAAAUCAAUGAUCCA